AUGACUCCAAGUUACCCUAAGUGGGACCGGAAGGGGGAAAAGUUGGGAAAAUGGUUGAAUAACGCCAAUGAACCCGGAUGUCCUAUCCCUAAGACCACGGUUACCAUGGCAAAUCUGCCGCCGUCAAAAUAUUUCAUAUAUAACAAAACGACAUGUUUGAGCCUGACACAAUCUAACUGGGUCGCCAGUCUGGGUCUACCAGUCGAGACUUCAGUAGAAGACGCAGAUUCUGUCUAUCAAUUCCUUUCACUUCACAAGAACGAACUCCCAUGGGCCCACUGGUCCGGGCACAUUGGUCCAGGAGUGAUGAUCAUUGAAUGUAUCAGGAGAGAAAGUGACUCAACCGCUCCAUGGAUUUCCGAACUGACCAAGGCGAUCUAUGAAAACUACUCCUCACUGAGUGACUUGCGCGAUGAUGACCAUGGAAAGUGGCCUACGGGAGUCUGGAUGCCUCCAUCGCCGGAGUUCAAUGCCUUGCUGGGUACGCGACUUGGCAAGGUUGUCGCAUAUUUCAUUCUAGGUGCGUAUGGCCAAGGUGUCAAGCGAAUUGCUAAAAUCACAUUCUUCAACGUGAAACGAAAACAGCUAAACCUGCGGUUCGAUAUUGAGAACGUUUGA